UCCCUUCAGGAUAGAUGGUCUCGGAAGAUAUAAAACUGAAGAUCCUGGCCGGGGUGAGAGUACUGAAGUCUGAAGUCACCCGCUUCAACCUCUCAACAUGUUGUCACUGGCACUGCUCUACAUUUUGGCUGUGGUUUGCUCUGCGCGGAGAGCUCAUGCUUUGCCUCUUUAUUCAGACACGGCACUACCACAGCAGGAAGAACUGAUUCAGAAACUGGUGGCGGAGGUUGAGGACAGACAGAAUAAUGAUUUAACAGAGCAAAGGGACAUCAAAACUGUGCUCCCUGACUUGCUCCAAAGAGGUGCAAAAGAGACUUUGCAACAAGAGAAAAUAAAUAACAUGGUUGAUGAUUUAAAAGCAGUCGUCUUGAAACUCGCAGCAGCUGAUAACCUGCGUUCUCAAGGCUAUUUACGAUCCGAGCAAAGCUUGCCCAAAAACAAUAAGAGGGUAAGCAAUUAA